AACUGCAAAACUGUUGAUUGCGUCUGUUGUUGUUACAUUUACGUUAAAAAUAGUUUAUUUCUUUUAAAAUUGUAUUUUUUAAACAAUGUCAUUUAAUUUUAACUGGUGACGCGUAUCUUCUUCGCUCAUUUGUUUUGUGAUAUAAAAGAUUAAGUUUACAUAUUUUAAAGCAUCUAGAGCAAUGGCAGCGUUAUUCGCUUGUACGAAAUGCAAUAGCCGUCAUCCCUUUGAAGAAUUAUCACAAGGUCAACAAUUAUGCAAAGACUGCCGAGGAAAUUUUCCCCUUAUUAAAUGCACUUACUGUCGGACGGAAUUUCAAGAUAGUUCUAAAGGAAGUUCCACUUCAGUUUGCAAGAAAUGUGAAGCUAAUGUCAAAUUAUAUGGAAAGCCAUCUGCCUGUGAGUACUGUAAUAUUAUUGCAGCCUUCAUUGGUGCAAAGUGUCAGAGGUGCACAAACUCUGAAAAGAGGUAUGGUCCUCCUGUCACCUGUGAGCAGUGCAAGCAGCGUUGUGCAUUUGACAGGAAAGAUGAUAGCCGCAAAAAGGUUGAUGGAAAGUUGCUUUGCUGGCUGUGCACUUUGUCUUACAAAAGAGCCCUGGCAAAAACAAAGCAGAGCAGUUCUUCACACUCUCGUCAUCAGUCGCUAAAUAAAUCAUCUAGAGAUCAUAGAUCAUCAACAUCCUCUUCAGUGCAGAGUCACAAACGUCCAUCUAGCCAUAGCAGUAAAAUAAAGAAGGAGCAUUCUCCAAGUAAGAAACCACGUACAGAAUUAUCCAAGUCAACAAAUGGAAAUUUGCCAUCAAGUGAAAGCACAUUGUUAGAUACCAGUACCAGUGAUCAUGUUGUUGCAAUGCAUCAGCUAAAAGAUCAAAUUGCUAACCUUCAAAGACAGCUUCAACUGAAAGAUCAGCAGAUUUUAGCCCGGGAGAAACAGGCUGGUGAGGCAAAAGCGCAACAUGGUGUAAUUGAAAGAGAACUUCGUUUGAAAAUACAAGCUAUGGAAAAGACACAUGGUGAUACGGUUGAAGAUCUGCAGUCUAAAGUACGUGUAUUGCAGAAACAAGUGAUUACACUGAACAAGGCAAACAAAAAGGGGAAAGAUACAGAGAGCCCAUCAAGGUUAUGAAACCUUACCCAGCUUAGGCACAAUUGCAUUUUAAUAUUGUAUGACUACAGAGGUGAAAAUCUCUUCAAAUGUCAUCAAUGUAACUUUUUAUAAUACCUCAUAUCUUUCUCCUGUAAUUAGAGAAUCAUUUUUAUAUUUUAGUCUAUCGUAUUUUUGGGAAUAAGCGCCGCACGCGUUGUAUAAGCGCCGUUUCGUAAUAUAUUCUCCAAGAAAAAUUUUUGAUGUAUGCGCCGCACCCGGGGUAAGCGCCGCACCUUCCAUAUGCACGCACCCUACGUUAAACAACUUAAAAGCACAAACAGUAUUAAAGAAAGCUGGAUUAAGUGAAAAUAAAAAUAUAUUUUUGUUUCUCGUUAUUAUUUUUAAUUAACAAUAAUGAAAUAUUUUUUAAAAUCCCCAUUUUGCACUUUGUGCCUUCGGCAUCCCUCGAUUGGCCAUCACUUUCGAUGGUUAAUUUAUCCGAUUUCCAACGGCGAAUGCAUCUCUCAUCAAUGCCAAACUAUCUGGCAGCAAGGCGAUUUCCAAUUGCUUCUGCGGUUUUUUUUAAACUUAAAGGCUGCAGUAUAACUUUUCAAUCGCUUAGGAACCAUUUCAAAAGCAACUCUGUAAAAAAAUUCCGUAAAAAAAAGAUAAACCAAGAAUGCACCAACGACAGUAAAAGAUGCAACGCGACGAUGUGAGUGACUAAUAAAAUUAGAGCUAGGAGACAAGUUUUCAAUUAGGUUGCUUGAGCGAGCCACCCACUUUCUUGAGGGCGAUGGUAAAUUCCCUUUACAAAACUGGACAUCCAUCCCUCUCCCUUACUAGUACUUUUGCUGCCUCCUCUCCCUGACCCCUGAGCUCUGAUGCGAUAAGCCUUGCUCACCCACGUGAAUCAGCGUUUCUCUCCUGAGUGAAACACGUGCAAUCGCUGACUCACCUUCUCUCCCACCUCUUUGAUUUACUUGUCGCCCAAGGUCAAAGGAUUUCUAGAGUCCUUCGAUCCCACGCGAUAAGGCUUGCUCGCCCACGUGAAUCAGCGUUUCUCUCCUUAGUGAAACACAUGCAAUCACUGACUCACCUUCCCUCCCCCCCUCUUUGCUUUACUUGUCGCCCAAGGUUAAAGGAUUUCCCGAAUCCUUUGCUCUCACUCGAUAAGGCUUGCUCGCCCACGUGGAUCAGCGUUUCUUUCCUCAAUGAAACACGUGCAAUCGCUGACUCACCUUCCCUCCCCCUUCUUUGCUUUAUUUGUCGUCCAAGGUCUAAGGAUUUCUAAAAAUGAAAGGAAACGAUGUGGUACCAUCUAUUAGCAGCAUUUUCAACUUUUUUUUUAUUAGAACUUUUUUUAACUUGAUUAAAAAAAACACUGUAUCCGCUGCACCCGUUAUAUGCGCUGCAAUGGCAUUUUUUUCUUGUAUGCGCGGCGGCGCUUACUCCCGAAAAUACGGUAAUGCAUAUUUUGAAAAAAAUCUUUUAUUUAUGAAAAAAAUAAUAAUCACAUCUUUUUAAUAGAAUAUUUGAGUUUUUAAAUCAGUACUUUCAUGCAGUUUAUUUCUUAUUUUUUAAAUUUACAUCACAAAGAAAUUUACUUUUUUUUAAAAAGAGGUACCGUGUGAUGAAUUUCCUCGUCUAUUGGAAAUGUCUGUACAUUAUCAAGCAUAAUUUUGUUAAAUAUAAUUUCAUAGGAUGUACUUUCAAUUUAUUAAUAUUGGUGGAUUUUAAAAUCAUUUUUUUAAAAAGGAAUAAGAAGAGAAAUGGUGUAAAACAUUUUAGAACUUGCAUGUCAGUCGAAAGUGAAUUAAAAUUACUUCAAUAAGAAAAGCAUACACUGGUGUGCAAAAAUUAAGGACGAGACGGUUUUCUCAAUAUAACUUUGUACAAAAGCUUUCCAAAUCAACACAUUUAAUACUGUAAGAUCCCCAAUACGUAAGGACAUGUGUAAUGUAAGCAACACUUACUAAAAGAGAAAUCAGAGAGAUAAAAAGAAGCUUUAUUGAAAAAAUAGCAUGGAGCGCAAUGCGACUGAAGGCCGAAAAAUCCCUGUGAUGGGUGUCUAGCAAGAAACAUCCGGUCUUUAGUAGGGGAUAUAAUCUCCUCCGACUGCUAGGCAGGUUUCACAGCGUCUGCCCAUGCUGCGAAUGAGGGUGUCAAUGAGCUGUUGAGGCAUUGCUGCCCAUUCGUCUUGCAGCGCCAGUCGAAGCUCCUGAAUCGUUACUGGUGGUAAGGUGCGAGCUGCCAAGCGUCAGCAAUGAAAAUCCCAUACAUGCUUGAUGGGAUUGAGAUCCAGAGAUCGUGCCAGCCAAUCCAUACGUUCAAUAUCCUCACUCUCUAAGAGCUGUUCGGCAGCUACUGUGCGAUGACAUGGUGCAUUGUCGUCCAUGAAAAGGAACUGCGGACCCAUAGCGCCUCUAAAAAGACGCACAUAUGGAAGAAGAAUCUCGUUACAAUAACGUGUCCCGUUGACUGAACCUGCGUCGAGGAUGUGAAGGUCUGUACGACUACCAAGCAUGAUGCCUCCCCAAACGAGAACACCGCGACCUCCAUACCUGUUCCUUUCAAUGAUGUUCGAGGGAUGAUUGCGGCUUCCCCGCUCUCUCCAGAUGAGUAUGCGAUGAGAAUCGCAGGGCUCAUAGUCCUCCUAUAUCUCCUAUAUUAUCAGAAUUUGUCAGAUAUUCUCCUAUAUUUCCUAUAUUUUCUCACUAACUCCUAUAUUUUUUUGUCGGAUGUUAAAUGCUACCCAAAAAUGCAAAAACCUUUGAUCCAUUUUUUUUCUUUUUUCUCCUCUGCACUUUGCACUCUUAUAUCUUUAAUGUUGGCAUGUGUUUUACACUGUUUGAUUAUUUUUAUGAAACAUACAAAAUAUAGAUGGCUUUACUUGCAACUUUUUACUUGUUUUCAAUUAAUUCUUUUUCUUUUAAUGAGUUUACUUUGUAAUUUUGAUAGUGCAUAAUGUUAACUUUAAGUGUACUGCUGUAAAGAUUUUUAAAGCUUUUAAUUUUGUCACAUAUAAUCUGACAUGUAGUUCAAAUGACCGAUGGUAGCUCAAACGAUUGUUUUUGAAAAUGCCCUGUGCAGAUUUUGGUACCAAUUCAACUUUGAGUACUUCAAAUGUUUCGAAGCUUGUAGCCCGCUGAAAAAAUGUAACUAUCUCGAUGAAAUAAGUGUCAUUUUAUAGGAUUUUGUUUGCUUUUUUCAAAUAUGUAUCCAUGGAAAAACAUUCCUAUAAUUUUCCAUUUUGUGUGUAGAUUUCUAUCUAUUCGGUUACGGUUAAAAAUUGCAGAGGGUAAUGGAUAGUUCUAUGAUCCGCUUGAGCUCUUCUACCACCCCUUUUGUUUGGCGGAUUAGGUCGAAUUCAAACUUGAUACAUGUGUAUACACACACAUUAACUGUAAGUAGUGGGUAAUGUCAUUACAGUGAGCGACGGGUAAAUGAAUCAGUCACUUUAAUGAAUCAAUUCCUAAGAAAAGAAACUAAAUCCAGUUAUAACAUUAAAAAAUUGCAGAAUAUUUGAAUCAAACAUGCCGCUUAAAUGAAUCAAGAGUAUGAGACUGAGCAUUUCUCUCUCUCCGACAAACGUGAUGCAUUAGAGCAGUCUUUUUUUCUUUGAUUUCGUUUAGUAAAACAGGUUUUGUUUUCUGUAAAUAGUGAAACAAAGGGGAGGCAGAGUAUUGCACACUUUUUGUAACGAUUGUCUCGAGACAUAGAGUUGACGGGACUUUUCAUCGUUAGUGUUAGCAUUGAAACGAUGAGGUACCAAUACCAAGGACUACGGGUAGAUUGAUGACAUUGGAAAAAGAAUAUAUAAAUUAAUUAUUACUUAGUUUUAGCAAUCAAAAAGAGAUGCAUUUUUCGAAGCACGUAAGUUAAAAUCUAAAUUUUGUAAUUGCUUUUUCAUGCUGUUUUGUGAUUAAAUUCUUAAAAUAAUCAAAGAAUGGAUAUUUUGGGUGCGAGGUAUACUUCUAAUAAUAUCUGGUAAGUUCUGAAAUUGUAUGUAGAAUUCCAUGUUAAAAAAAAAAGAAAAAAAAAACAUGCAUACACAGUUUUGCUUAAUUGAAUUAAAAUUAUUUUAAACAAAAUGAUUAAUUUUUGCAACGGUGGGUACAAAAAUUCAUUUGCUCUCACAUCUGUGAUUCAUGCAAAAUAGAAUUGUAUUGAUACUGGUGUAUAGUUUUUUUAUACAGUGCUCCAAACAUAUUAGAUGCUAUACUUUUUCGAAAUUCCUAUAUAUUUUUCUACAAAGCUCCUAUAUUUUACCUAUUAAACUCCUAUAUUUUUCCUUUAAAACUCCUAUAUUUUUUUUCCCACUUGCUAUGAGCCCUGGAAUCGCUACUCAGACUGAAUCUGCUCUCAUCUGUAAAGAGUACUCAUCCCCAUUCAUUGUCUCUCCAAUUUCGGUGUUCCCGGCACCACAGAGAACAUUUUCUCCGAUGGGCAGGCGUUAGAGGUACACACUGUAUAGGGCGUCGUGAAAACAGACCACCACCGUGCACUCUUCUGGCCAGGGUAAAACGCGAUAUCGGUCGUUAAGUCGCCUGUGUCGUGUGUCUAGCGAUUUCUCCCGCUGUCUGCUGCCUGUUUCUUCUGGCCUGUAAGACAAUAUACCAGUCAUCUGCGGGUGUGGUUCCUUGUGGAGGACCACUACUGAACAACCGGAUAGCUGUUCCUGUAGUUUGAAAUUGUCUCCAAAGUCAUGAAGCGAUGCUGUGAGCAAUUCCGAACUCUGCAGCCACACUUGUCACACUGCAGCCUUCCUCCAACUUCCCAAUGAUUCGACCUCAGGUAAAAGCAUCCAGAUGUCGCCUAACAGAUUGAUUAUUCGCCAUUUCUCGCUGAGGCAGCAACUCGGUGUGAUUUUAACUGCUAUACGGCAUGCAAUCUCUUUGCCAGAAAUACUGAUCUGACACCGACAACAUGCUUUAUACCACUCAGACACUCCCCCAUUACGUCUGCCUGCAUAUCUGCGCAUGUGCUACCGUACAUCACCUUACUUAAUCUCCUGAUUGGUCUUUCUGUCCGCUCUGCCUCUUCGUUCAGCUGAUAUGCUAAUUUUUCGAUUUCGUCCUUAAUUUUUGCACACCUGUCUUGCAUGUCAAUACAGGAUUCACAUGCAAAUGCCAAAAAAUGUUCCCACCGUUUUCUGUCUUUUUAUUUCAAAAAGUUGAAGAUAUAACUCAUCACUAUUUCCAUCUUUGUUUGCUAAUAACAUCUUACAAUUCUCUAAGUAAAAAAGAGAUUAUUUGUUAUUAUGUGGGGAGCAACAAUUACGAAAGAGGUGGGGGGGGGGUAUCUUUUUAAAUGCAUGUUACUUACUGACACAUGUUUGUACAUUUUCUACAAAAAGAAAUGUGUUUGAAUUUAAAAAAAAAAAUAAUCUGUUAUUGUCUAAAGUUAAAUUAUUUCUUUAGCUCAGAAACAUUAAGUUUUAGAAUAAAAAUGCGUCAAAAUAAUUUAACAAACAUACAUUUUCAAAAGAGGAAAAUCAAGUCUAUUUGAUUUACUCUUGCCAAUAGUAAAAAAGAUUUUUGUGGUAUAUGAUAUUCAGUAAAGUUAUUAUAGCUUAGCCAUACUAAAAAAGAAGUGUUUCAAUUGAAAUUAAAUUGAAACAAUUUUUCAUUUAUUAAAUUAAAAGUUACAUUUAAAUUAGUUCCUAACAAAAUUAAAUUAACUAUCAGAAUGAUUUUAGUGUUCAGUUAACUACAUAAUGAGUGUAUAAAUUUUUAUUUCUUAAUUUUUUUCACAAAUUAAAUUUAUGAAAAAAAUUAAGCAAUGAGUUUUGAUAGAAUACCAAUUUUUAAUCACUUGUUUCAUUUCAUUAUCAUUAAUUUUUUUAAUCUAAGCUUUUAUGAUAGAUUUCACUAUUUCUUUUAGAAUAAAUUACAUUUGUGACACAUAACUGCAAACAUGGUUGAAAAGCUAUCAUUUUUCAGCAUAAUUGGGCCUUUCCAUGAAAAAGUCAACCCUUUGUCCCGCACUUGACAGCUCAUAUGUUUCAUUAAAAAGUAAUCAUUUUCAAGGGUAAUGACAAAAUUCUUUGCGAAAAAAGUCACACAUAAGUUUAUAAUUAGUUUUUUUUUUUUAAUUUGUUCAUUGUUAUUUUAAAGUAUUGUUUUUAAUGAAAUAAAUGAGGCUUCAAAAUGAGUUUUCCAUGGAAUGGCCCAAUUUCUUGUAUGUUCAAUGUAGAUGGUUUUUAAUUGGGUAUUUCAUUUAUUGCAUAAUUUCUAAUGUAUUUAUUAAUUUUCACUAUUAUGCAUUUAUGUUAAAUUACUUGUUACCAUUGAAUCGUUAGAAGGUGUUUUAUUGUGAAAAUUGAUCAGUUUCUGUGAUUGUAAAAUAAACAUUUUAAAAUCAUGGUGACUUUUACUUAAUUUAUUAUUUUGUAAUGUGUAUAUAUUAAGUUUUGUAACUUUUUGAGUUGCUGGAUAAUUUGCCACAAUAUUGAUCUUAUUAAUUGUAUUAUGAUUUAGUUUAGGUUAUAAGUUAAUGAGGUGUCUGUAAUAAGAACUUUAAUUUUUGCUAUUGAAUUGGUAUACAGUCGAACCUCCAUAUAUCGAUCUUCCACAUAUCAAAAUUUUCUAUAUAUCGAAAUCCUAGCAAAUUUCUAUGUUCAUUACAUAGAAAAAUUGUUUCUAUAUAUCGAAAAAAUCUCUAUAUAUCAAUUUUUUAGAGACAUUCGUAGAUUUUUUUUUUCACUUUAGACUGUUUGUCUCAUGAAAAAUGAAGGUUAGGGAAGAAAAUUAUGUUCACUAAAGUUACUACGAAACUCAUAAGAAGUCUGGGGUUGAGAGGUGUGUAGAUAUGUCGUUGUUUUAUUCUGGAGUUCUUAAAUUCCCUCAAGUUUAUUUCAAAUCUUAGUUGUAACCAGUAACAUUGUAAAACCAGUUUCAAGUUAUACUUGUUGUCUGUUGAUUAUCAUUCCUAGUUUUUUUUAGCUGCAGUAAAUAUCAUUUAAGUUAAGUUGAUUGAUUUUUUACUUUUCUCUUGAUUACAUUGUCAAAAUGAAAAUGCCCUAAUAAUGUUGCGGAUCAAGUUGAAUUGCCGAAGAAUGAAGAUGUUUGAAGACCCAAAAAUGUAAUUUCUGUUAUUUUUUUAAAUUAUUAACUUUCAUUUAAUCUGAUGCCGUAUAAAUAAAAAUUGGAUUUCAAACACGAAAAUUAGCUUUAAUUUUAAUGUUUUAGAAGAUUUUUAGGUUAAAAUAAGAUUGUUUCUAUAUAUCGAAAUUUCCAUAUAUCGAAUUUUUUCCCGGAAAUUUGCUUCUUCGAUAUGUGGAGGUCCGAUUGUAUUUUUAUUAUUUUUUAAGAUUUAUUGUAUUGAUGAAUUGUAACCUUAAAUAACUUAUUUCUUCCCUCCAAGUCCAAAAAUUGAAUCUUGUUAUAUUUUCCAAUAUAAAUCUGGCUUUCAGAGUAUUAUACUUUUGUUGAAACAGAUAAAUAUGAUUUUUUUUUCAUAACAAGGCAGGAUUAUUUUAAACCUCUUGUUUUGCCAAUGGUGGAAUCUUCUUUCUCACUCUCACUGGCAAUUUCCUGAUCUAUUUGAAUGAGACGAAGUAAGAUGUUAUUUUCAAUAGUUUUUUUCUGAAAUCAAUCAAAUUGUCACCAUAACUGUACUUCAGAGCCAGACUGUGGUAAGUCACAUAAUCACAAGUUUACAAGAGAGAGGUAAAGCUUUUUCAUAGCACUUGUAAGAGAUGGGAAGCACUCCCUUUUAACUCAGGUAAAAAAUUUAAAAGGAUUUUUUUUUUUUUUUUUAAGAAUUACUUUCACAUGGCUCAAUGUGGAAUAGGUUUCGACAUACAAUGCACUAAUAAACGGAAAAUCGCAAUUUUUGAACUUGCGUUAGUUUGACUCUGAAGUACAGAUAUGUGCAUAGCUUUUUAGUCUAAUCAUAUAUUGCAUUCAGGGGUUGCUACUUCCUUUAAUAUGCUUCAGUAAUUUCCCCUUUUCUUUGCUGACUGAAAUCACAGUUUAACAAUAUUUAUAUUUCUCUUUUGACUAUAAAAUUUUCCAUAUGCUUGUUUUAUGAUUUUUGAAGCAAUUAUCUUUUAACUUGUAUACUUUUGUCAUUUAUGGAUCAUAUUUAUUUAUUGUAGGAAUGUACUUUUUAUCUGUACAUAUAUUUAUGUAUUUUUAAAUUAAUGAUGUUUAGUAUGUUAUGCUUGUAUGCUGUACAGAACAUAAUAUACUGUAUAAGAAUGGAUUUUAAAUAGGUUUUUUAUUAAAGCAUCAUGGGAUUGUUUUUUUUAAACAUUUUGGAGCUAUAUAUUUGUUUGUAUAUUUGUAAAUCGUUAUUCAUCUUUUCUGCUCAAAAUAAUUUUUAAAACUUUUCUUUUUCUUUAUUAAAAAGUGGAACUUGAAUGGUUCUGAAAAGGAAAAAAAUACUAAUAAAAUAUCCAUUGUGAUGACCAAAAUAUUUAUAAGAGUAAUGAAACUACAUGAAAUACACCGCCAGCUCAGUCAAUUCCAGUGGAGGACUGCAGUUUCGUGCUUAUUAGCACUCAUCAGCCCGGCAUAGGAGUGACUGA